CCAAAUUUCAAUUCCUUCUUCUCUUUUCAAUUUCUUACCAUUUUCAACACUCAGCCACAAACACAUACACCACUCUCCAUUCUCUCCCUCCUCCUCCUCCUCCUCCUCCUCGGCCUCCUCCCUUCUUCCAUCAAUAAUUUAAUCUCUCCUCCUUGUCGCGACCGCCACCGCCACCGCGCCGCUCCCAAGGCAAAGCCAUGGCUGCUAGUUUGAGCUUUGUUAUGGGUAUCAUUGGGAAUGUGAUUUCUAUUCUGGUUUUUGCUUCUCCCAUGAAAACGUUUAUAGGAAUAGUGAAGAAGAAAUCAACAGAGAAUUACAAAGGGAUACCAUACGUGACAACAUUACUAAGCACAAGCUUAUGGACAUUUUAUGGAAUAUUGAAGCCUGGUGGGUUACUUGUUGCCACUGUCAAUGGCGUUGGUGUUCUUUUUCAGCUCUUCUAUGUCACUCUCUUCAUCGUCUUCGCUCCCAAACAAAAGAAGGUGACAACAAUCAAGCUCGUUGGUUUGUUUAAUGUUUUGUUCUAUGGAAGUGUAAUCGGUGCAACUCUUUUGGUCAUGCAUGGACCUUUGAGGCUCACCUUUGUUGGAAUUAUUUGUGCGGCUUUAACCAUCGGCAUGUAUGCUUCCCCUCUGGCUGCCAUGAAAAAUGUGAUAAGGACAAAGAGUGUGGAGUAUAUGCCAUUUCUUCUCUCAUUCUUCCUCUUCCUCAAUGCUGGUAUUUGGUCUGCCUAUGCUCUUCUUGUCAAGGACAUCUAUAUUGGGGUACCAAAUGGAAUAGGGUUUGUAUUGGGCUUGGCCCAACUGAUUCUGUACGGAAUAUACAAGAACAAGUCAAAGUCAACAAAAUCAACGGAGAUGAUGGAGGAUGAAGGAUCAGCUCAGUUGGUAGAGAUGGGAAUGAACGGCGAAGAUGAUCAUCAGAAAAACAGAAGUAUAAUCAAAGGGUUAAGCCUUCCAAAGCCAACGUUAGAUCGACAGUAUAGUGUCAAAAAUAUUCUGAGGUCACUCUCUUAUGGUCCAUAUGACUUCCACUCUACCGGACCCCUAGACGAGUACGAUGAGGUGGAAAAUGGAAAGUUUUGAUUUAUUCUUACAAACAAAGUAUAAUUCUCAAACUUAAAUGUACUAUUUACGUUAAGAAUCGGUUUGAUAAUCUAUGUUAACGCAAGGUCUUGCGGUUCUAAAAUGUUUAUUUGAAAUGAAGUUGUUUUAUAAGAUUUGAUAGAGAUAUUGACUUCUUAAUUUGUUAAA